AGCAGAGCUGCUGCUGCUGCUGCUGCUGGAGGAGAAAAUUGUCAAGUCAAUUCCUCUUUUUUCCUGAGUGGGGAGGUUGUGAGUUUGUGUUCACCUGCCGUGGACCUGAUCUGUCAGAGUGGAUCAACUGUUGCUGCAGCCGGAGCAGACGUUUCUCUCCACCUGCUGUGUGUUUUCUCCACGAUGGAUGUUUGAGUCUCUGUGAUUGUUUCACGCAUUAACAUGGAAGAGACACUGAUAGUGUUGUUGGUGCCUCGGAUACACCUUCAUCUGUCCUGAUGAUGAUGAUGAUGAUGAUGAUGCCACAUUGUUGCACUGAGGAGAAUGAGAACAGCCCACACCUCCUUCACACUGGCUCCUCACCUCUCUGUGUGACAACACACCUUUGAUUGUUUCUUUUUUUUAAUUUUUGUUUUAUUUGGCGUAAAAGGAGCAGUUUGGACAUUGGAACUGACUGGCGCGUUCUUUUAUUAUCUGAGUGACCUUGCCUUGUUUCUGGACAUCACUCCUCACCAUGCUGAUGAUGAUGGAGAACAGCAGCAUGGACGCGCAUCAGGUUGAUAUCGAUUCGGAAUUUGAGCCUCCCAGUCGGUCGCGCUCGUGCACUUGGCCGCUGCCGUGUCCCGAGGAUUUCCCGGGUGGAGACGACGCGAACCGGGGACUGGCUCUGGCGUCGGUCAAAGUGGAGCAGUACAACGUGCCCGCGUGCCGCGCCGAGCGAAAAGGCGGCGCGCCGGCGGAGAUCAAGCAUCCAGCCGGCGCACCGGCCCCGGUGGUCGCCGCUCCCGCCUGCAUGUCCGGGGCUGCGCUCGACGUGGCCGGUCAGCUGCGCAAAGCCAAGUCCUCGCGGCGGAACGCGUGGGGGAACCUGUCGUACGCAGACCUCAUCACCCGUGCCAUCGAGAGCACGCCCGACAAGAGGCUCACCCUGUCCCAGAUCUAUGACUGGAUGGUUCGCUUUGUUCCAUAUUUCAAGGAUAAAGGCGACAGCAACAGUUCAGCCGGAUGGAAGAACUCAAUCAGACACAAUCUGUCUCUACACAGUCGCUUCAUACGUGUGCAAAAUGAAGGGACGGGGAAGAGUUCCUGGUGGAUGCUGAACCCGGAAGGUGGGAAAAGUGGAAAGGGACCCAGGCGACGUGCAGCGUCCGUCGACAAUGGCACUCGCUACCUGAAGACCAAGGGCCGCAUCAGCCGCAAGAGAGCAGGAGCUUUGGGCCUUGGACGGGGACAAGGUCAAGGGGGCGGGCCAGCGAUGCAAGGCUCUCCAGAGCAUGGCAGUCCAGCAGGGAAAGGAGGUGUGGUCAUGGGGGGUGAGGAGUACGAUACCUGGACGGAUCUCCAUUCCCGCACCUCCUCCUCUGCCUCCACACUAAGCGGCUGUUUGUCCCCAAUCCUGGCUGAGGCAGAGGCUGAUGAACCAGAGGAGGGUGGAUUAUCCUGUUCAGGCUCCCCACGGUUGUAUCCUAGCCCAACCAGCACCCGUUCCCCUGCCCUGGGCACUGGGGGCCACUGCCCCACUGUGGAACUGCCCCAGCUGACUGACCUGACAGGAGCGAUCAGUCUUGAUGAGAGUGGCUACCCUCAGCCACCACAAAUUAAAUGCAAUGGUUAUCCCUAUGUGCCUGGGCCCAAGGCAGAGGGCUCUUACUGUGGGCCUAUUUAUGGACAGUCUUCACUGGGCAUGCUCCGGCACCACACUCCCAUGGAGACCAUCCAGGAGAACAAGCCAGUCAGCUUUCAGCGCCCACUGAGAGGCUACUCGGAGAAUAAUGCCCUGCAGAGUCUGCUCACCGGAGGUCCUACAUACUGCAGCAAAGACACAGUGCUAGGUCAAGGACGGGAUACACACACAUUAAUAACACAGGGACCCAAUGGUGUUCACAACCAGCACAAUCAGAAUCGCAGCCACAAUCACAGCCAAGAGCAUGCCCAUAAUCCCAGUCUACACAAUGGACACAGCUCAGUCCAUGACCAGAACACAGCCCACCAUCAGAACCACAAUCAGGGUCACAAACACCAAGCCAGCCUCGACUACAGCCACAAGCCGCACCCUGCCCACGACUACGGUCCGAGUCACGAGCACGGUCACAGGAACAAAGUAAACCCCAGCCAUGAUCACACUACGCGCUCCAGCCAGAGUCACAUGCACGGCCACAGCCAACAUAAUGCUGUGCCCAGUGGGCCGCCACCACAGGCCAUCUCGCCACGUGUUAGCACCGACAUCCUGCAGCCCUACAGUCUAAAAACCUCCAACCACUAUGGGCCGCGACCACACCUCCCAACAUCGCCAUCCCUGCCGCCCAACCCUGCCGGGGUUAUGGAUGUUCCCCAGGAUCCCUGUCGCCUGGCAUCUGCGCCUCACCCUCGUCACCAGCCGUACCCAGGAGCUCACCAUCAAGGUAUGACCAACUCCUGGCAUGGCUACUACCACAACAACCACCAGCAUGGAAACGUUGGUUACCAGGGGCAGCAGCACUCCUCCCACAGUCGAAUGGCUGCCAACCUGGAGAUGGAGAACAUACCUAAUAGCCUGGACUGUGACGUAGACUCUAUCCUGCUCAAUGACUUUAUGGACACUGAGAGCAUGGACUUUAACUUUGAUGGCUCUCUUUCCCAUGGUGUGGGCAUGGGGAUGGGCAUGAGCUUAGGGGCAUUUGCUUGCCCUCCAUCAGCUCACUGCAACCAGAGCUGGGUGCCAGGCUGAAUCCUGGUCCCUGGGCUUGGAUAGACACAACACUCAGCCUCUGGGCCAGGCUGCCGGUGGACUGUGAUUCUCCGAGACUGUAGAGCAAAAUAACUUGUCAUUUUUUUUUUCUGGGGACUCCCUACACCAUUACACUCUACUCCCCCCCCCUCCUGUUUAUAAAGCUUUCUGUCUCCAUAUUGAACCUGCCGCCAAUGAUCCCAGAGCUUAUCACCACCUUGUUUAUGCCCUUCAAUUUUUUUCUCCUCUGUUUUUUUUUAUCUCUCCUCCCAGUCUUGUCCUCCUCGUCCUAAGCUCUCAAGCACUUUACAUCCAUCCUUUCAUACAGAUGCAGUAACACAAAGACCAGGCAAAGUCACAUCACGUGUUGGCUUAAGUUUAAUGUAUGCAAUCCACUUCACUGUAUUAUCUCCUCCGACAAAGAAGGUGUUGUUUUUGACUUGGGAAAAUGAUCAAACAGCUGCAUAAAUAUUUGUCAGAGUAGAGUUGUGCUCAGAUUGGGGUUAAAAGGCUUUGAGGUUUAGGGAUGAAGAAAAUGGGAGGGUUUUUUUUUAGAGGAAGAGGGAAGCAGAAGUAAAGAAGGAUUGAAAAGAAGGGAACUCGAGGGUCAGUGUGACUUCUCUCACUGGUGGCAAUUCAGUCAUCCAUCAGACAACCAUCAACAACACUCCAUUGAAAUGCAACGUCCCUUCUUUAAUCUCCAAAGUAAUGCCAGAGUGAUGCAUCACUAUUGCAAAUUUAAUGCGCCACUGUGUUUUUUUUCAACCCACCCUUCAGCUCCGGACACACCAGCUUAAUGUGUUUUGGUGAAAGUGAUGAUUAAAGUCACUCUGCACUAAAUGGGAGAGGGAUUGAAAGGGGUGGU